AUGAUUUGUCGAGAUUUGUUCUCCUACACUCGAGCUUGCAAUGCUGCAAAAAGAGAGAGAGAGCGCCUAUUGAAGGAUAUGAAAGCUUUAGGCUUCGGUGGAACUCAUUGCAAUAGAUUCAAUUGGCUUGGAAGUAAUGUAUCGUAAGUAAGUCAAUCAGCUAACUAGAGCUAUAGGUACUCGGUGAAGAGGGGUAUCAAUGGGUUACUCAUUAAGCUCCAAGCGCUCGCUAGGCCCCCCAUGUUGACAGGAGACAGAGAGAAAACCUAG